AAUACUGGGCCUGCCUCAAAAAAGAAAAAGAAAAAGAAAAAAAAACAUAUCUCCUACAGCCCCCGCUGCUUCCUCCUCGCAUCCGCGGUGCUCCACCCGCCGCGAACCCUCGUCGCCGACCGUGGGCAUCCGUCGGCGGUGAACUACCCUAUCUCCUCCCCUCGAGUCGUCACAGAUCUGGGACACCACCGCCCGCGCCGUCCUCGAGAGGGCCUCACGGAUCCCGCCUUGAACCACCAUCAACACGCACCGACCGCGCCGUCCUCGACAACUGCGACGCCGCGCCCAGGUCUCGACCGGAACCCUAGUCUUCACCGCGCGCAACCAGCAAGCUCUAAUGUCAAGUGACAGCGAACCAAGUGGCUCCCAAUCAAGUGACACCAAACCAAGUGGCUCCCAAUCAAGUGACACCAAAUCAAGUGAUGCGGGACCAAAAGAUACUUCCAUUCCCUUUAAUCUGCAUAGAGGUAGUGUAAAUCCAGUAACAGGAUUGGGUACUUUCCAUUUGGAGAUGCCUUCUUCAGAGGUGGUGUCCGCUGCUAAACCCACCAAUUAUCCCCCGAUUCUACUUGAAAUAAAAGAUGACGAUCAAAUGGAGAGCCUACUGAGGAUGAAGAAAUUGCAGCAUGAAAAUAUCCUUGCGGUGCAUUUCUUUCAGAAGGAUGGAGCUGGAGGUCUUCGAGCUUUCGUCGAGCCAUAUACAGGUUAUGUUGUAGAGCUGUUUGCAAAUGUCAAAUUUUUCGUCAAUGAAGAAACCGGAUUGGUUCCAUCUCAGCGGUUUCAAGAAAUAGUGAGUGCAUCGCUUGACGGCUUGGAUUUUAUUUUCAAGAGUGAUCUAUAUCACGGAAAUUUUUCAUGGAACACAACAGCUUACCACCGGGACAAAGUUGAUGGUAAAGUUACACUUAAAUUGUGCAACUUUGAAGACAGAAAGGACAGCAGUCUUCUGAAAUGCCAGAUCGGGGAUUGUCACGCUCUUGCCCAUGACCUUGAGAAGGUAUCUAGACGUGUGAAGGACGAGUAUCCUGGUGUCAAGCCCGAGGCAUGCUGUGUACUAGAUGACCUUGCAUGUAGGUUGAGAGCUGUUAAUGACAUGAAAUCAUUAAGCACAAUGAAACAGAAGAAUCAAGAUCAUGUGUUUUUCUGGGAUGAUACGAAAAAGAGAACCUUCUGUGCUUAUGAGAUGCCAGCAGUUUGGUCCACAGAUGCAUUCUGGAACAACUUUAGGGCUUCUCCAUCUGCUGCGCUGGAUAUGCCAUGGAACACAGAAUGGGAGGCUAAUUCGCCAUUGCUAUUGGAGGAAAUGGAGAAGUACCGUGUAAAGAACAAUAUUGCUCCUUACAAUUUUGAUAAUAGAAAGGACUUCCUACGACUUAUCAGCGGACUUUACACGCAUCAGAUAGAACUCAAGCUGCAGCUUCCACACAUUAGUGUUGAUGUUGUUGUUCAUCUUAGACAUCCUCGUUUGCUUUUGGACUUGAAAGCGGCCGCUGAAGUGGAUGCCGUGGAUGUGGACAACCAGAACCAGUGAGGCAAUCCCAGACUGCUGUUGUUUGCCCAGGCUGCCAACUGUAGGCUCAUGGUUUAGGGUUUAGCUGCUGUAACUUGGAAGGCGACCAUAGUGGAGUCAUUUGGAGGACACAGUUAUGCUGAGCAAUUUUUCUCCCACUCAAUUGGAAACCACUGUGGCAAUUAAGAUAGUCAUUUGGAAUAUCCAUUCGGUUACUGCAUUGGAGCGAGCUACCGGUUUCCUUGUUGGCCUUUUGCGCUAGAAAUGAGUAGUAGUAGUAGUAGUAGUAGUAGUAGUAGUAGUAGUAGUAGUAGUAGUAGUAGAACUGUCUCGAUGCAUCCUCAACUGGAAACGCCUGUGAACUGUUGUCUUUAAUCCAUCCUCUGGCCACAAACACUGGUCUGAUCUUUCGCAACUGUGAAUCAGUUCCUAACUGCA